AUGGCUGAAUGGAUUGAGCGGAGGAGGGAGGAAUACAACAUGUUACUAGACGGCUCAGUUUUGUUUUUGGAGUCAGUUGCUCCAGUAGCAGAGGAAAAGCUGAUGCCCAAAUUGAACUGCAAAGUUAGUGAAGUAAUGGUCAAGAACUUGCCACCAGGGAAAAACCCCAUCAUCAUCCCUCCAGGUGGAAAGAUGGGGAGUGAGUCCAGAGCCAUUAAUUUCCACCCGCCUUCUCCAAGAAUUUCAGAGGCUAAGAACAAGGGGGAGAAAAAACUCCGGGCUGAGAAACUAAAGAAAGAGGGGGCCACUUCUCCCAACCUGUCUCGUGCGAAUGAGGUGUGCAGCACAGACAACCUUGCUCUGAAAAGGCCGGUGAAGCUGGCUCCUUUGGAGAUUCCCCGGGACGUGAAAGAAGCCCAACUCCAGAAGAUUAUGAGCAUUCAGGCAGAAGCUCAAAGGGCUGCUCUCAAGCUAGCGACAACUGGCUCUGCCAGCAGUGAGCCCCAUGUGAAACGGGUGAAAAAUCUGGCCCAGGUAGAACUGGAAAACCUGCAGAAGAUAAAGCUGAAUGAGAAGGUUACACUAGAGAACAAAGAUCAGCCCCGUUCACCGAAAGGCACCAAACCCUUGUAUAAGGUGCAAAUUAUCUUGCCCCCAGAGACAGGCUCCAAAGUGGCAAAAACUUCAGAUGCUGAAGAUACCCCAGUGACAUCCCAUAAGCAGUUAACCCCCAAAGCCAAGCAAGAUGCUACACAAGUACCCGACCCACACGAAGAGGCCAACAUUCCCAAUGGUAGCCCUAGUCCUUGCCAGACCACUGCCCAGCGCCGCCUCAGAUUAAGGCAGAUGAAAGAGCAACAAGAAGAGCACAGUAUAGCCAAGCCCUGGAAGGCCAUGGCUCCAAACACAGAGGAGGCAAAGCAGAAAAUCGUGGGGCAACGAACACAAAAGACCCUCACUGAUGCAAGCAGGCUCGUGGAGAACCUGGCCAAGAAGCACAGGGAGCGAGGAGCUGGGCAAAAUGCGGGUGGUGGAAACACCCUUGAGAGGAAACAAUCUACCCGAAGGAUGGCUGUAGGGGACAUCAUCCAGGUGGAUGAAGAAUGAACUUGGUGCCCAAGUUCCUCCCUGGAUGCUGCUGCUCCGUAAUUCGGAGCCUGAAGACAAACACGAGCAUUAGGCAUAGAUGCAACACCUGCUGAAUAAUGUACAUUAGAUCUGCCCAUCGCUCAGCUGCCAGGUGAAUGAUGCCACCAUUUUGUAGAGCAACAGUAUGCAAUAAAAGUCAU